AUGCUUGGCUCACCGCCCGGCAACCCCAAACAUCAUCUCGAGUCCCAACUACGCCCAGGCACAUCAUGGGUGGAACGAGCUAUUCGACCUAUUAGCCUUCGCCAGCUGACUUUCUUUGGUCGUACCUUGACCGAACCUCGCCUCAUCAGUUCCGCAAACUACGUCCGGACCGAGCUACCUACUCGCCUUGCGCACCGUCUACGGGACAUUCAGCAACUGCCAUAUGUGGUGGUUGCCAACCCCCAUCUCACCCUUGUAUACGAACUGUACUACAAAGCAUUUGAGAGGGUUCGGGUGGUUCCUGAGAUCAGGACCCUUGAAGAUAAUGAUCGUUUCUGUGAAAUUUUGAAAGAAAUGCUGCGUGAGCAUCUGGUUGCGAUCCCCAAUCUGGCGAUAGGAGUGCUGGAAUGCCGCCAUCUUGCUCCAGCCGACGAAAUGGACCGGUUAAUGAACACACUUCUGCGAGCGCGAAUCUCUCGCCGAGUCAUCGCAGAGCAACACUUAGCUCUCACCGAAACCUUUAACUCACCAUGGCACUUCCCCGAUUCCCACGACCGGACCGACAUGAAUGCAGACUUUGUGGGCGAAGUGUUCCUAAAGUGCAAGGCGAAGGAGGUAGUCGAGAGAUGUGGAAAGGUUGCACAAGAUCUGAUGCGGAACAUAUCGGGCUCGACCCAGAUCCCUGCGAUCACCGUCAAGGGCCAUGCGGAUGCGACAUUCCCGUAUAUAUUGAGCCACCUGGAAUAUAUCAUCGGAGAACUUCUCCGCAACUCAGUGCAAGCAGUGAUCGAGAAAUAUCAACACUCGGACCAACCCCCACCACCCAUCGAAGUGCUCGUGUGCGAGACCCCGCAGCAUGUGAUAAUGCGCGUCUCUGAUCAAGGAGGAGGAAUCCCUCGAGAAAUUCUGCCGUACCUAUGGUCCUUCAGUAAGGGCCCUCGCACGCAGACCCGGCUCGAAAAUCUUGGACGGGUCCCUGCAAUGGCGGCGACGAUGCAAGACCUACAGGUGUCACACGAGUUUAGACACAUCAACCGGGAUUUACACCAUGAAGGAUCCCUGGACACAUUGACAUCCCGACCACCCGACCUCCGUCUGGGGAUGGGUCUCCCCAUGAGUCGAGUCUAUGCUGAAUAUUGGGCAGGCAGUCUAGAAUUGCACAGUCUGGAAGGGUAUGGAGUGGAUGCAUUCCUGCAGAUCUCAAAACUUGGCAACAAGAACGAGCAGGUUACCACUCGGGCGGCAAUUGAUGCGGUAUAG